AUGUGUGACUUUAUUCAGCGAGGGCACUUUUGUGGCAACUUCCACUUUAUCGCUUCGAAAUGGUGCCGCGAUUACACAGCCACCCACAUCCGAUGA